GCAGGGCGCGCCGGGAAGCUCCCAUCUCCCGCCCCGCACAGCCCGGGCGGGGCCGCCGCUCCGCCGCCGCUGCAGAUCCGGCUCCCACCCUUGGCUCCCGCGGCCCCGCGGCGCCUCCUUCUGCGGACUCUGCGGGACCCUCCCUGACAGGCGCUGUGCGCUGGAGAAGGCACAGCGGCGCAGGCAUGGCCGCGGGGGCGGCGGCGCGGAAGGCAGCGCCGGUGCUGGAAGCGCCCGCGCAGCAGGAGCAGCUCUCUCAUACAAAGCUUUCUGCAGAAGAUGCAUGGAACCUGCAGCAGGAGAGAAUGUACAAGAUGCACCGGGGCCAUGAUUCCAUGCACGUGGAAAUGAUCUUGAUCUUCCUCUGCGUUCUGGUCAUUGCCCAGAUAGUGCUGGUUCAGUGGAGACAGAGGCAUGGCCGAUCCUACAAUCUGGUGACCUUGUUGCAGAUGUGGGUUGUCCCCUUAUAUUUCACGAUAAAACUAUACUGGUGGCGGUUUCUGUCUAUGUGGGGGAUGUUCUCCGUUAUUACCAGUUACAUCCUCUUCAGAGCUACCCGAAAACCCCUCUCAGGAAGGACACCACGAUUGGUCUACAAAUGGUUUCUUUUGAUCUAUAAACUCAGCUAUGCAUUUGGUGUUGUGGGUUACUUGGCGAUCAUGUUUACAAUGUGUGGAUUCAAUCUGUUUUUCAAAAUCAAAGCUAGAGAUUCCAUGGAUUUUGGCAUUGUGUCUUUGUUCUACGGCCUCUACUAUGGAGUAAUGGGGAGAGACUUUGCCGAGAUCUGCUCAGACUACAUGGCUUCCACUAUAGGGUUCUACAGUGUCAGCGGGUUGCCUACAAGGAGCUUAUCAGACAAUAUCUGUGCAGUCUGUGGGCAGAAGAUCAUUGUGGAGCUUGAUGAAGAAGGGCUCACUGAAAACACCUACCAGCUUUCCUGUAAUCAUGUCUUUCAUGAAUUCUGCAUCCGAGGUUGGUGUAUCGUUGGGAAAAAGCAGACUUGCCCUUACUGCAAAGAGAAGGUUGAUUUGAAGAGGAUGAUCAGUAAUCCCUGGGAGCGCACACAUUUUCUGUAUGGACAAAUCCUGGAUUGGCUUCGUUACUUGGUGGCCUGGCAACCUGUGGUGAUAGGAAUAGUUCAAGGCAUUAACUAUUCACUAGGGCUGGAAUAG